GGUGGCCAUAUGACAUACUGCUACGCGGUACAUCUGGUUAUAGGCUCAAGUUCAUAAUGUGUGUGUCAUGAUCUCUCACUUCCUCAGCUCUCAGGGGCAGGACCAGGGGAACCAGUUCAAACUAUGAUCUGCUGUACAACUGAGAGGAAACACACAGUGGGAUCUUAAUUUCGGCCCCUCAUGGUGGAUUACAAUCAACAGUUUGGAAAGAUUAGAUGCUUCUUCAAUGCAAAAAGGAUAUGUAGCAAUUACUAGAGAGAUGUAAAAAAAAAAGAGCUAUGGAUAAUGUAUGAAUGUGUAUGAUAUCGUACGUAAAAGAUACACUAAAUGGAUAUGGUAUGAAGAUGGCAUGUUUUUGGUAAGAUGGGGAGGGGGAUCAACAGGAUGGAAAAGAAAUAAUAUGGCAUCUCGGCACCAAUGGGGUCUUGGGAGAGAAACAAGAAUCUUCUUUUGGAAAUGGUGAGACAGCCCAAUAACAGUCUGUGUGCUGAUUGUGGGGCACCUGAGCCAGAUUGGGCCUCCUACAAGCUUGGUGUGUUUGUGUGCAUGAGCUGCUCGGGCACACACAGAAACAUGCCCGACGUCAGUCGCAUCAAGUCCAUCCGUCUGGACAACUGGGAGGAUGACUUGGUUGAGUUUAUGAGGUGCCAUGGCAACUCUACUGUAAAAGCCCGCUUUGAGAAGAUGGUUCCGGCUUUUUACUACAGACCAAAGGAACAUGACUGCGUAGUCCUUAGAGAGCAGUGGAUUCGAGCAAAAUAUGAAAGACAGGAGUUCACAGGAGAACAUAUGCACCUCAAAAAGGUUCACAGUUCAGGUUCCUAUGAAGGGACCUUGUGGAAGAAAGGCAAGAAGAGCAAGCAGUUCUUGAAGAGGAGAUUUGUCCUUUCUGAGAGAGAACUCUCACUUAUGUACUUCAACAAAGAGGAUCUGUCCAGGGGGCCAAAAGCAGUCAUCCCAGUGAGGGAUCUUAACGCAGCCUUCCAGCCAGAGAAGAUAGGCCACCGUCACGGCCUACAGAUCUCUUAUGAGAAAGAGGAGCACACCAGAAACCUCUUUGUCUACCAUGAGAGUGGUCAGGAGAUUGUAAACUGGUUCAAUGCAAUCCGGGCGGCCCGCUAUGCCUAUCUGAAGGUGAUCCUCUCUCCAUCCAAUGACAGUCAGCUCAUACCAUUACUAACCAGAAGCAGUCUCAAAGAGGGUUACAUGGAAAAGACGGGACCAAAGCAAAGGGAACCAUUCAAGAAAAGAUGGUUCAUUCUUUGUUCCAUGGACAGGAAGCUGCUCUACUUUAAAACACCAAUGGAUGCCCUGGAGUUGGGGUCAGUGUUCAUUGGCACGGAGGCCCACGGCUACUCUGUGAGGGAGAGCAUGCCAAAAAGCACCAUAUGCAACAAGUGGAAGUGUGGGAUCGUCGUGGAGACGCCCAACAGGCAGUUUGCGUUCAUGUGUGAGCGGGAGCAGGACCAGAGGGAGUGGAUAAAGGCCUUCAGACAAGUCAUCGCUCAGACCAUGCUUCCCAAGCACUAUGCCAUGGAAGCAAACAUGUGCUGCAGAAAAUCAUGAAGAGAAGAGGAAAGGAAUUUUGAUGUCAAUCAACAAUCAUUGGGAAACAUUCAUUUCUUUGAAAGACAUCUGUGCUUGACCUAUGGUAGCACACUCCUUAACGUCACUGAAACUUGCAUGCAAUUUUAUUUAUUGGGAAAUUGUGUCUUAAGGGGUUAUAACUUCCCAGAGAGACUGUUAGGAUUUUGGAAUUCUCUCCAACAAUAAUUUUCGUUUUACAUGAUUACCUACCAGAUGACAGGGCCACCAUCCCCCAGCAUCACAUUAUCUAACUCGACAAAUUAUAAAAGGACUUGCAUUUCAUUGCCAAAAUGUGUGUGCAGAUAUAGGCAAGGAUUCAGGACAGUCUGUCAAAUUAUAUCAAUCACAGGCCUACUUUUUAACGUUUAUAAAAUAGUUUCAAUACUUUAAAGGUAAGAAUUGUGCCUGGUGAUAUAAGUGAAAACACCUCAACAAAAUAUCCGUUUCAUUGUGCUUUCCCAUGAUUCGUAGAGAUCGCUGCUUCGUGAUUUUAUAAUAUAUAAAGGCUUUUACUUA